AUGUAUGGAGAUGAUAAGGAUACGUCGUUUCAGAAUGUCAUGGUGAUUGGUGAGGACUUUGAAGAGCCUUACGUGAUUUCGCAGCCUGUGAAGGGUCGGAUUAAGGAGAUUGAAGUUCUCGUGGAAGCUCGGGACCAAGGCUGGAGCGACUAUCCCCAAGACCACAACACCUACAACAACUCGUGGACAUAUGCCGAACUGGCCAAAUUGAUGCCCGACGGCUCUCUCUCCGCUUCCCGGGAGCUUAUCUAUUGCAACCUACACGCUGUUAAACGUUGGCAACGGCAUUCCAAAACGUGGAGUGCUACUGAUUCGCAGUUCGUGCGGUCGCUUCAAGCAGGAGAUAGGGUGGCAGUCGUGCUGCGGGCACAAUUCCCAGGGUGGACCCAUUAUGUGAAGUGGGCUAAGAUAGAAAUCGUGUAUGAUAGGCGCGUUGUAGACAGGCACUCGGAUGGGUUUCAGGGCACCUCAAAAAAACAGAGAUUGCGCUGA